AUGGCGCCGCCCAUCCAUCGGCCACGCGCCUGGGAUGGCUGGCAAAGUUUUGUGGCUGCAUCCUGGAUUGUAUGGAGCAUACUCGUUCACACCACAGACGCACAGACAAGCUAUUCGCCCGGGCGGGCCGACACUCGCGUCGAACAGCUCAUACUCAACAACUCGUUUUCGUGUGCAGGUGGCCCCACCCUUUGCCCGGACGCGGGCACGUUCAAAUACGCUGGCGGAAACCUGACGGUCACUGUCGUGGAAAUGCGCAACUUGCCAGAGCUCGACUCGUUUGGACCGUUUUCGGUCUCGACGGAUGCGUUUAUUCGAGUCACUUUUGGCGUCGACGUCCUCGCGUCCGACCCGAUCCUCAACAGUUUGAAUCCAGUGUGGCCGCCGUGCGCCCAAGCGGGCUGCCGCGGAAAGCAAGACAUCAAACGGGACCUUGCGUUUGGCUACCGCACGUCCGGAACGCCAUUUCUCGUCGAAGUGCUGGAUUACGACGACGGGAUGGAAUUCGCCCACGAUUUCAUCGCGGCACUGACGGUGCAUGUGAUUUAUUGCUCGGCGUUUUCGAGCGUCGUGCAAUUCACCCCAAACGCGGGCGAGGACUCGUCGUUCGCGAUGCCCAAACAACCGGUCUGUGUCGAAGAAGUCUGGUUGCCGUUGGCUUCCGGCGCGUGCUUCGACAGCAGCGGCAACUUUACGGACGUGCCGUGCAUGCGACUGCGCCAAACUGUCGUACCGUUCCAAGUCAAAGUGGAGGAAACGUUCAUCCCGAACGCCCGCGUGGCAGGGGGCAUGGGCGGAUUCUACCCCGAAGUUCCCGUGAGCUUGUACACGAGCGUGUACGGUCGCGUGUGGACACCGGGCGACCAGCGGCUGCAAAACUACUACAAAAUGUCCAAGUCGCAAGGAGGCAUCCUCGUUCGACCGGACAACACGCGAGGGAUGAACAAUCACGCGGGAAACAAGUCGCUGAUCCCGAUCUACGGCUUCGCGCCGUUUGCCCGUGUGACGAUGAACUUUGACGCGGAGCUGUUUGUGUUUCGUCGGCAGACCGACAUCGAAACAGACACGUUGCUCGGGCCCCUCGAGUGGCUCGACCCGGCCUUGGGCUGGGUGAAGCAACAAGAGUCGGCCCAAGUCGUGAAUGUCGCUGAGGAUUUCGAUGCCGUGUCGAGGAACUUUACCGCGCACCCGGUCAACAAGUACGGCGACGCACUUGGCGCUGGCAUCAUUCUCGGCGUCAAUAUUCACCAAGACAACCCCGACGUCACGCUGUCCAUGUACUUUGCGGUCCUCGUGCCCAAAGUCCCCGGGCUCGGAACCCCCCCAGUGUACUCGAAAGAGUUUAGCCGCGGCCCGUUCCUCUUGUCAGCGCUACAGUUUGGUCCGUCCGUAGUCAUUUUGCUGUACAUGAGUGUGCAGUAUUGCCGCAAGAUGCACUGCCGUCUCGACCGCGUGCCAUCCUACUUGGCCGGGCUUGCGCUCCACCCCCACGACGACAACGGUCAGGCGAAAGACAGGUUGACCACAGCAGCGACAAGGACGCCGCCCGUCGCUGCGACUACAGCAGCCACGAAUGCCAAGGCGAACUCGAAGCCGAUGCCCGUCGUAGCGAUGUUGUUCCUGUGCUAUGACAAAACGCCGCACAACAUGGAUUUUCGACGCCACAUGUAUUACGCGACGAUGGCGGUCAAUACGUGCGUGCUCGCGCCGUUCUGCAUCGUGAUCACAUGGGGUGCGACGGCCGUGUCGACGGUGCAGCCCCCCGCGGUGGGGUUCUUCCUCAUAUUUAUUGGGUGCGGGGGCCUCGUUGGUGUCUAUGCGUGCGUCAAGUGGCAGCGCAUGGGGUGGCGCAUGACGCGCGAAAUCAUGUUGUGCAUGGCCGUCGCGUGCGUGUGCGGGUUUCUCUUUCUGUUUUGUUCCAUCUUUGCCGACCCGCGCGUGUUUUACGGAGGCACGCCGAUUGAAUUCUUCAGCCUCACAGCGUUCUCUCUCACGCUCAACAUGCUUCCGAUGAUCUGGCUUACGUUUACAAACGACAAGAAGAUCAUGAAGUCGCUGGCGCAAGUCCUCGCCGUCGUCACCGUCGGCAAGAAGGUCGGGCUGCUCAAGAAGAAGUUCAAAAACCUUGGGACGGUCGGCCUCAAGAUGGCCACAGCCACUGAAGCGCUCCGCCACGAGCGCGGGAUCAAGCCCGUCUCGCCGUUUGACGCGCUCCUUGGGCCGUACUAUUCGGUAGUCCGAACGAUUCCUGGGUUUGAACUGGCCGACAUUUUGCAAUCCGCAUUUGUAAACGACAAACCCACCAAGGCCAACCGACGGCUGUAUUUGACCGCGGUCGCGAUCUUGGCCGCCUACGCCAUCGUGGGCUACGUCCGGAGUGAAUACCCGACCCAAGGGAUUGGAAUUUUCGCUACGAUCCUUCUCUUAGACGCCACGCUCGCGCUGGUUUUGCGGGGGCAUCUCACGUGGUCGGCAGGGUACAUCUCGUUGCUCAUGGGGCUGACGCGCGUGAGUUUGGUGAUCUCCUGCGGCAAGUACUGGCUCCUCGGGCACACCCUGUGCUUUGCCAUUUUUGGCGUCGCGCUGUGCCGCGAAAUCGUCGGCCGCAACCUUCCCCGGAUGAGUGCCCAAGAAGCGGGCGGGAUCACUUUCUUUGGCCACGAAUACCAGCACGAGAAGCAGCUCGAUUUGAGCGCGACUCCCGAGUUUGGUCUUGGGUUUCUCUCGUUCUUCUUUCUGUUUCUGCUCGUCGCCGUAGCGUUUACGACGGACAGCGCCACUGGCGUCAAGCUGCCCAUGUUUGGACAAUUCUGGCCGCUCUGGGUGUUCGGUGUCCUGAGCUUUGUGAUUGUCUUGUUCACUGGCAUCGCACUCGCGAGCUCGCGCGCGUUCUUCCUCAUGAAGCAGCGCCUCCUCACCGAGUACGCGGCCCAAGUAUACCUCUACAAGCCGGGGUUUCGCCUGCCUUUUAUUCUAGCGGCCGCGUCGGAGCUCAUGGUCGUGAUGUCCGGUCUGUUUCUGUGGGCCGCAACAAAGUCGACGUUUAUCUUGUUGCUGUCGAUCUUUUCGCCGAUUCUGCUCAUGUUGUCCACGGUUGUGUUUGUCCAGUGGCGCAAGAACGACCACCGCCUCGUAAUUUGGCCGCCGGAAGACGAAGACGAUGACGUGGACGACGAAGAAUUUGACGAAGAGGCGGAAUUCGCCAAGGAAGCCGACGCGAUGCGCAACACAUUCGUGCUUCCAUCUCUCCGGGGGGGCGCGCCAGACGACUCGUCGAAUGAGUUCAAGAUGCCACCCCUGCCGGUCCUGAAAGGUGGGGCAGCAAUGCUGGGGCUAGGCGGGGGUGCUGCGUCCGUGUUGCAACUUGCAGGGAAAGCCAAACACCCAGCACCGGGAAACCAGGACGACGACCCUGCUGAUGAUGCCAUGGAAGCCGCAGCGAACGAAGCGGACACAACCGAAAAGCAAAACAAGAAUGCAGAUGAGCUAGAUUUAGAGGCCGGCGAAGUUGCCGUCUCCCCAGACAAUAGCAAUGGUCCUGACGGCACCAACCCCCUCGAAGAGGCCAACCCCACGGCCCCCAGCGAUGGAGGUAUGACCUCUUCCACGGCUGCUGCAUCGCCUGCACCCACCAAACGGACAUGGCGAGACAAGCUCCUGCAGUGUUUGAGCCGAAUGCCAUGCCGCCGACGUGGGGCCAGGUACCAGCGGGUCACGUCCCCGCGAAAUGACACGACCGCCGCGCCGCCAGUGGAGAUUGAUUUUGAAAAGAUGACGCUGUACCAAGCAUUCCGACAAGGGUACCUCCUGCAUGAGGACUACUUGACGUUAGGCUGCUUUGUCAGUCUCUUGGGCUGCCUGUUUGUGUUUGGCGUGCUCGCGUCGUUCACGGAAGCCCCCGCGUGGUUUGGCCACGUGCUGUGGGUCGCCGCGAUAGUGCUCAUCUUUUCCGUGUCGCCCGUGUUCAAGUGGUUCCACGUCCUCGACGUGACUGCGGACAUCCGCCAAAGCGUCGUCUUGAGCACGUCGUUGGCGUGGAUUAUGGGGCUGUACUUGUUUUUGGUCGUGCAAGACAUGCACUUGUACGACGUCCAGUCGCUGUGGAUUUUCACCGUGCUGGUGUUUUACCCCCUCGGGCUCCUCGUCGUCGUGGCGCUGUGCAAAUGGCGCGACGACAACUGGGUCUUGUCGAAUUUCGUGCGCCAGGCGUUUAUGGUCGUCUCGGGCGUCGCCCCCGUGUUUCUGUUUGAAAUGUACGUGUGGGUCAGUGUUCCCGUCGGCGGCGCGUUCACGUUUGUCGCGUUUACAGCGUACACGACCAUUUUCUUUCUCCGGCAAUGGGUCCGCAACGACUACUACCUCGCCCCAAAGUACCAAGCCGUCGCGAACCGCAUCAUUGUCGCGUGCGCGGUCGGGUUUGUCACGCUCGCCGUCCUCUUUGGCGUGAACAUCUUUUUUUGCUUUUCGAUUGCCAUGAUUGUCCUCUUGCUCAAGUUUACUAUCAACAUCGUGGCGAUUCGCAUGUGCCGCGAGCCGGACCUUGUCGUGUUCUACUCGCCGUACGUGUUUCCGAUCUUUUCGUACAACGCCGCGACAAACAACGUGACGGACGAGAACAGCGAAACGUUCAACGUGUACCGGGCGCUCCUGGUGGCGUUCUUCUGGGGCUGCAUCGGCGUCAUGUUCUUCGAUCCGCUCGGGUUUGGAAUCGGCCUCUCGUCGUUUUCGUUGCUUGCGUUCAUCGGGUACACGGCCAACUUGUGUUCCGUGACCCCCGUCCGCAUGGGGAUUGCCGCCAAGUACGUGAACGAAAGCAUCCUCCGCGAAGCGAGCACGGUCGCCAAGGGGGUGUUUGACGACCGGCGACAGCCACUCAUCCUCGAGUGCACGGAAUUCGUCGACCGCGAGCGACGUGAAAAGGAAGCCGAACUCGAGUACCAGCGGCUCUCGUAUGGCAAGAAAAAGUCGGCGUCGGACGUCGCCGCGCUCCAGGAGAUUGGGGUCGUCGCGAUGCCGCCGCGAAAGUCCGCCACCGACGUGGCGCUUGACAUUGACGACACGAUAUGGCAAUGCUCGAACCGACUACUGGACGAUGGAUCGACUGCUCGACGCAAGGAUGCGCUCUUCACGUAUGCAGACGUCGUGUGGGACAUUUUGCAGCACGGACGCGGACCAUUUGCGUACAUCGGCCUCUUUGGCUAUGGGUACAAGGCCCUCAUGCGAAUGAAGAAUCAUCGAGUGACUCGACGUUUGCAGCGCAUGAUGAUGUCGAAAGGUCAGGAAUUGCAAGCCGCGGCAGCCAACUCCAAGCUCCUUCAGGACGCCAAGACUUCUGUUGCAACCAAAACGAAAAAACUGAGCUUGGCCAUCACGAAAACCAGUCGAGACAGGACCGAGCUGAAGGAGCGACCGCAACCCACGAGCCCCGGCCAAGGGGGAAGCUUCAGCAAUGUCGACGUCGACCCCGAGACGGGCAACCCCCCCAUUGACGGCGUCGGCAGCAGCGAAGACAAGAAACCGUUGAUUGUCUCCCCGCACCCGCUUUCUCCGGACGAAGUGGACGAGCCGUACGAAUUUGUCGACUCGUUGGCGCAUUUGCACGCGUUGCCGGCAAAGGACGCGGCGCUGGACGUGGAAUUCUUUGAAGAGACUCGGUGCAUCAUCCACUUUCAGCUCAUGCUGUUGAACGCGGCGGAUGCACGCUUGUCCCGCGAGCGCGUGCUGUUUCAAAAGUUCCUGCGCGAAAAUCGGUUCAAGCUCAUGUCGAACGGAAUCAACCCCCCCGCCGACAUCUUCAAGACAUCGUCCCACGCGUCGAUUGAUAUCCCGCUGGUGGCGACGUGGCUCAUCUCGCUCACGCGCGAAGAGCGGCACCGAUUCCACACGCUCAAAGCCGCGUUUAGCGCUGAAAUGGACCGCAAAGACGCGAUCGUGGACGCCGAGGACGCAGCAAGUGUCGCCCACCAAAUGGAAGUGCAGGCGUAUUGGCAAACACGAGAGACCGAUAUGUGCCGGAAAAUGUACGAAGAGAGCGUCGCGCGACGCGUGCGCCGGGAACAGGAAGGCAUUGCCGUGGACGAGACUGUCCCGGAAGCCGUGAUCAAUGCCCACGAAGCGAUUUCGGAAAUCGAGUCGGGCUAUGCAUGCAACGUCGGCCAGUACGGUCGGUCGCUGCAGUUUGUCGACCCCGACUUCCCACCCGCAUACGCGUCCUUGGCAGGGUGUGCCAACGAAGCCGAAGUCGUCGACUGGCGGGUGUCGACAGCCAUCAACAUUACCGCCGGCCUCUUUGACGGCGGCACGGACCCCGACGACGUCCGGUUUGGCCGGCUCAACGACGGAUGGUUCUUGAGCGCAGUCAGUAUUCUCGCGGCGUCGGGCGGCGUUGACGAUGGCAAGGUCGACCCGGUCAUCGACAACCUGUUCAUCACCAAGCAAACGUCGUUGACCGGGGCGUACGCCAUUCGGCUGUUCAAGAAUUCGCAGUGGGAAACCGUGAUCGUCGACGACUACUUUCCCGUCCUCAGCGACGCGCACAAGAUGGACAUUUCCGCCGGCGCUGCGUUUGCGCAUAGCCGCCACUUUGAAGAGCUGUGGGUCCCCCUGCUGGAGAAAGCGUAUGCCAAGUACUACGGCGGAUACGCUACGCUCGAGCAAGGGUUUGUCCACCACGCGUUGGAGGCAUUGACGGGCCAUGCGUCCGAGGAAAUUUUCUUGUCGCAGGCGUCGCGGGGUGCGCGAAAGAAGACGUUGUGGAAGCAGUUGCUGAGCCACAAGAGCAACCGAUUCCUCAUGGGGGCAGGCACGAUCACGAGCGACAAUGCCGACCAUGAGAUCCUCGACACGGGCCUCGUCUUUGGAGCGUGCUACUGCAUCUACGACAUCCGUGAAAUCGACAGCCAUCAGCUCAUCAAGCUGCGAAAUCCCCCGGGAGAUCACGCCGAGUGGCGCGGGGACUGGGGGGACGACUCGCCUCUGUGGACUCGACGGCUCAAAAAGCACUUGGGCGUCCAAGCCAACUCGAACGACAACACGUUCUGGAUGAGCUUUGACGACUUUUGCAACGCGUUCCGGUGCUUGUACGUGUGCAAGUACUACGACCCGAACAAGUGGACCAAGUUAACCCACCAUGGGACGUUCUCGAUCAAGAACGAAACUGCAAGCGGCCUCCCGACGCGCCACAACCCCGACUGCACACUUGACAACAACCCGCACUACUCGUUGGGGGUGACGCGACCAACGGAAGUGAUUCUGACAGUCACACAGGUCGACAAAGCAGGUCUCGCACCCGUCACCGUGCUGCCGAUCGCGGUGUACAUUGUCCAAGGAACCAUGGCCGACCGAGCGUCCCGAGUCAAGGUGCUGGAUAAACUCCACGUCGUCAAGCACAGCGGUGCGCCCGUACGAGAGCGGCAGGUAUCGGUCAAAUGCGAAUUGCAAGCUCGCACGUACACAAUCUUGAUUGCGGCCUACAAGAAAGACAUGGAGGGGCCGUUUCAAUUGACGAUUCAAAGCAACUACGCCGUCCACGUGGAGCAAAUUUGGCCUGCUGUGUGGCGCGAGCCCAAACCGAUGAACCGUGCCGAGAAGAUGGCGAUGAAGCUCAAAGAAACGGUUGAGGACACUGCGGCCGGAAAGAAACUCGUGGCAAACGCGACCAAGUACAAGAACCGCAUUGCCGCCGGCCUCGAGGAUGCACUGCAAGACGAAGGCGACGACGUGGCGAAGCUCGAAGCGGAGAAAACCGCGGAAGAGAAGAAAGCGAAGAAGAGCCCAUGGAUCGAGCAAUGGGACGACGCUCAAAACAAGCCGUACUACUUCAACAAGGAAACGGGGCUCUCGCAAUGGGAUAUUCCGCCAGACAUGUGA